GGAGAAAAAAAGGUGUAAAAGCAGGCAUCUGCACUAUGAGCAGCCUGGAUGUGCAUGCAACAAAUUGGCCUGGAGCUUGCCUCUCCUUGCUUUCUCCAUCAUGGAACUAGGACCCUCCCCAAGAUGAAGGACAUUUGGAAAAUGUCCUUUUUAAGUCACUAAGAACCCAAAGGGAAUCUUCCAUCCAGGCCUCUUAGAAGCUUCCCUAUCUUCCAUCAAAUGUGGCCUAAGAUCACCCAGCCAAACCAAGGCCCUGACUCAGCUCUUUACAACCCUGUCAGUGACCUUGGAGUAGGAGGAUCAGGCUGGGGUUGGGGGCGGCACGAGGUCACACCAUUUCAUAAUACUUAGCAUAUGAGAUCCAGACAGGCCUCCUGGGGUGGACACUGGGCUCUGUCACCUGGAAGGGCCAUGAAAGAGGAGUUUGUAGGAGACACAGCACACAACCCAGAAUUAUUCUCCCUGCCCUGUAUCCACAUUGUUUGUCUCUGCCAGCAACAUUUAACCUCAGUGGAUCUUCCGUUUCCCUGAGGAGGUAAGGAAGUUUACCUUCUGACUCCGAGAAGACAGUGGAGGCAGAGCAGGCCUCUGGUGGUGUCCACUUCGCAGGGUUCCUGAUCGUGCCCCUGGACAGCCACCCCUUUGCAGUCUCCAGUCUGGCUGGACUCUGCAAACCUGCUUCCGCAAUGGGUAACGAAGAGCUGUGGGCCCAGCCAGCCUUGGAGAUGCCGAAAAGACGGGACAUCCUUGCGAUCGUCCUCAUUGUACUGCCCUGGACACUGCUUGUCACCGUGUGGCACCAGAGCACCAUCGCACCUCUGCUCACCACACACAAGGAUGAUGGGAGUGACCCCCGGCGCGACACGCCACCCGGCGCCGACCCCAGGGAGUACUGCAUGUCUGACCGCGACAUCGUGGAGGUGGUGCGCACCGAGUACGUGUACACACGGCCCCCGCCGUGGUCCGACACGCUGCCCACCAUCCACGUGGUGACGCCCACCUACAGCCGCCCGGUUCAGAAGGCAGAGCUGACGCGCAUGGCCAACACGCUGCUGCACGUGCCCAACCUGCACUGGCUGGUGGUGGAGGACGCGCCGCGCCGGACGCCGCUAACCGCGCGCCUGCUACGCGACACUGGCCUCAACUACACGCAUCUGCACGUGGAGACGCCGCGCAACUACAAGCUGCGCGGCGACGCCCGCGACCCACGCAUCCCGCGGGGCACCAUGCAGCGCAACCUGGCCCUGCGCUGGCUGCGUGAGACCUUCCCGCGCAACUCCAGCCAACCGGGCGUGGUGUACUUCGCUGACGAUGACAAUACCUACAGUCUGGAGCUCUUUGAGGAGAUGCGCAGCACUAGGAGGGUGUCUGUGUGGCCCGUUGCUUUCGUUGGUGGCCUUCGGUACGAGGCCCCACGGGUCAACGGGGCUGGGAAGGUGGUCGGCUGGAAGACAGUGUUCGACCCGCACCGACCAUUUGCAAUAGACAUGGCUGGAUUUGCAGUCAACCUGAGGCUCAUUCUACAGCGUAGCCAGGCCUACUUCAAGCUGCGUGGCGUGAAGGGAGGCUACCAGGAAAGCAGCCUCCUCCGAGAACUUGUUACCCUCAAUGACCUGGAGCCCAAGGCAGCCAAUUGCACCAAGAUCCUGGUCUGGCACACACGGACAGAGAAGCCGGUGCUGGUGAAUGAGGGGAAAAAAGGCUUCACUGACCCCACUGUGGAGAUCUGAGCCCCAGAAUACAGGAGCCUCCUUCUCAAACCUUGUUCCUGGCCUUCCAUCCUCUCCCCAUGGCUGAUGGUCCCUCCAAGGCAAACUCCUAAGGAAUCACCAUCACCCUCCUUUCUAUUCUGGGGGCUUCAGAGAGAGCCCAGCCUGAUGCCAGAACAAAGGACAGAGAAUUUAAAGCACAGAAAUCCCAGACCUGUUGUUCUCUUCCAUCCAGCAUGACCAGGGUCCCAGCUGCUAGCCAAGUCAUGCCAACCAGCGAGCCAGUGCCCUGGCACAUCUCCCCAGAGCUUCCUGUACUGACAGGGCCUGAGGGAGCAGAUGCGGUGGGCACUUAAGCCCUGGAGUGAUGCCAGGCUGGGAGAGAGAUGAAAAGACCCCGGCUGUCAAGUGCAGUGUGGCCUUGCCUGGCUCCCUGCUCCUGGGGCACAGCACGACUGCACAGGCCACCUGGCCAGGGAAUUCUGAAGACCGGAGAGCAACCCCCUGCCCAGGCAUCAGGAACAUCACCCCCACCCCCUCCUCGGAGAGCUACUCUCAAUAGACAUACCUCUCUGGCUUUCCUCUGGUUUGUAUUUCCAGAGCAUAAGGCUGUCUUUGAUCCCAACAGGCAACAGGCAACUUGCAUGAGGGGAGCCUGGGCCUGCCAUCAGGCUCCCUCAUACCUCAGGCUGUGUUGGGAGUGGAGUCCCUUACUCUGGCCCCACAUCCCUCAAGCCUGCUUCUUCCAGCACAGGGAAGGCGGUAGGCCCUCAAGCUAGUGCGGGUCAUGGACUGACCUGGACUAAGAGCAUGUGGGCCCCUACCUAGAUACUGCCUCCCCACUGCCCACUGGGCUUGAGGGCCCCUUGUCUGGGCUGGACUGGGGAGGGCAGGAGCCCUCUUUCUGGAGCUCUUGAGAACCACAGACCUCAGGGGCUGAAGUGAGCCAGGGGUGGGCAAGGCGGAAAGGGGAGAGAGGCAGGGGCCGUUCCAUACUCUUUCCUGCCCCUGUUUGGGGGAGACAGGGGCUUUGGGUUAGCAGAGGGACUUGUGGAAAAGAGGCAGAGAUCAUUUGGACCCUGAGGGGAAAGGAGACCUGAGCACACUCUACUUUGGAAAUAAUUCUAUUGUAAACACAAAAUGGGAACAAAACUUUCCCUUCUCCCUGAGUUGGGAGCAUGAGAACAAGCCUGCUGCUUGUUCCCUCUCCCCACCCUUACCCCCACCCUCACCCCCACCCCUGAGGAAGAACAGUGUGCAUGUGCUACUUCCCUGCACCUGGAGGCUACGGACAGGGACCGCCCUUUGCUGGCCGUCACUCACGCUCCUGAAAAGUUGGAAGCACAAUUUUCCUCCCAACUGGAGGAAAAGGAAAAGCCUGAGCCUACUGAAGAGGUGUUUAUUUUUUAAUGCUAACAGCCCCCACUCCAUUUAAACUCACAGGACCAGUCUGAGGAUCAUUGAUAACCCACUCCUGGGUGAGUGGGUAGGAUUCAGUCCAGCAACCUAACAUUCAAAAAAUAGCAUUGGCUGCCUAUUUUGAAAUGGAUUUAACUUGCCACAGCAUUCGUGAAACUAUCCAAUGGGAUCAUAUCCCUGAGAAUCCUGAGCCACCUUACAGGACAUUCCCAGCCUCUUAUACUUUUGAUGGUGGCUCUAGAAUCAACCCCUCAGAGUCAGCCGGGGUGGCAUGGGAGGGGAGGGAGGAGGUGUGCACAGGGCACCCACCAAGUGAGUGAAUUCAUGCCCAGGCAUGGCACUGCCUCACUCACUGAAACCAGCCCUGAAUGCUCAGGUCAGCCUGGCUGGUCUUAGGCCACCUUCUUAGCCAAAAACCCAGGGCUCAUUUUUCAGGAAAUUGAUAAUGAACAACAAAAUGGGAUAUUCUCUGUUUCUAUUUUUUUUAUUUUUAUUUUUUGGCAGAUGCUAUUUCUGUUGUUUUCACCUAAUAGCCUCUCUUAGCUGCAUGUAUAUUUAUUUAUAAUUAUAACCCUGGUGGACUGCAGCUUUCCUCUUUGUUGGGAAUGAGUUUGUUAUCAAUCAGAAUUGGGUUCAUGACUACAAGUUGUUUCCCAAACGCAGUGUGUUCCUGCUCCCCACCACAAAGGAGUGAGGCUGGGGUCUAGAAGCCACCAGAACAGAGCCUAGGGUGAGGGUAGAGCCUGUGCAGCUGCACCAUAUGGUCUGUUUUAACUGUAUUAAAUUUGUUUCCAAAAUUAAAAGUCAAACAUGGUUUUUAACAGCCCUAA